AUGAAGACGCGCGAUGGCGCGAACACGGCGGUGGUGACGCGCGAGCGUUACGUCCUCGACGGCGCGCUGGACGAGGGCGCGCUGCGCGCGCACGGCGUGGACACGCGAACGAUUCGAGUGACGCUGAACACGGAGGCGCACGGGAAGAUCGGGGCCAAAGUGCGAGGAGACGGGACGUUCGCGGUGCGGGACGCGCCCGCGGGAAGACACGUGCUGGACGUGCACGCCGUCGGGUUGAAUUUUCCGCCCGUCGCCGUGCGAAUCGUCGGCGCGGACGACGGAGACGGAGGAAAGGUCGGUGACGUCGAGGCAUAUCUCGCCGAGGAUCGAACGGUGACGGUGCCGACGAAGCCGCUGCGAUUGACGCCGGCGUCGACGCUGGAAUACUACGAGCCGGCGUCGAGCGUGUCGUUGGGGAGCUUGCUGAGGAAUCCGAUGGCGCUCAUGGUGAUCAUGUCGGUGUUUUUAGCGGUCGUGGCGCCGAAGAUAUUAGAGGGAAUCGAUCCCGAGGAGUUGAAACGGAUGCAGGCGGAGUUGGCGGGGGCGGCGAGAGGCGAGGCGCCGCGCGUCGACGCGGCGGAUUAG